UGCGCCAUUGGUAAUUUAUUUAAUUGAUACGCUUUUAUAGCUCAAUAAAAAUAAUGAGCUGCUAUCAUCACACUAGAAAUAAAGUCGUACAGAGUCAAACGCGUCCCUUCUGUUUUAAUAAAACAUGAAGUUUCUUGUCUUCUUUCUUGUUUUGAGAAGUUGUAUUGCAUUCGACUUGCCUCGCUGCCACCCAGACUUAAAUAUCGACAAGGAUCAGUAUACAGUAUCUGACACUUAUCACUUAGGAGAUGCGCUACCUACGGACGCCCACUAUGAUGUAUAUGGAAACUUAUUCUAUGUAAAAUCCGGGAGUAACGAUGAUGGUUAUUACUAUGACAUCUAUGUUGUCAAGUUUAAGACUACAACCGCCCAGAAAAUCAAGGGUUUGCCGGAAGGGCUAAGCUACUCGGUAGCGGUAGACAAGAAGGAUGCCAAAGUAUACUUCGGCACCGAAAAGGGAAUGUUCCGGUACGACUAUGCCACUCACAACGCAACUCAAGUAUCUGACUCCUUACUGAAAAUAAACAUGAUUUUCGUCGAUAAAAACGGUAAUAAGUACAUAACUAACAGCAAUAAUGGCAUAGAAGAGCUAUAUUUGCUUGAUGGCGAAAAGAAGAUUCGUUUUAACACUUUAGAGGCGUUGAACGAGUUGGCAAUCGAUGAUAAUAAUAACUUCUACUUCAUCAAACACGAACAGCUGUUUGUCUUGAAACCAACGCAAUCGAUGCCCUUGCACAUUGGCAACGUGACAUACACCGGCGCGGGGCAAAUCUCGUUUCACAAGGAUAACGUAUUCGUCGCCAGUGACCAUUUGGUUUAUUUCCACGAGAAUGAGACUGGCAAGAUGAAAUUAAUCUCAAACGUUCCAGAUCAAGUUACGUCUAUAGCUUUUGAUAGGACGGGCGAUUUUGUGCUCGGUACUCGCGGUAAACUGUUGAAGUAUAAAAAGAAUGAGUGUUACAUUAGGAAAACUAACGACUCGUCUGUAUACAAUUAG